AUGAAUGCUUUGGUUGUUUGGAUUGCUAAAAACUGCAACCCCGUUAACAUAGUAGAUGAUGAUAGACUAAGGGAAAUCAUUCGAACUGCAUCAGGAGACACCUCAUACAAUCUGCCCUCGAGAGGAACCAUCAUGUCAAAAAUACACACUUUGUAUGAAGAUGAGAGGGCACGGAGGAUGAACAUGAUAGAGCAAGCGACGCAAAUCACGCUCACAGGGGACCACUGGACUUCUGUCAACAAUGACAACUACUUAGGCGUCACAGCGCACUUCAUUGAUAAAGAAUGGAAACUGCAAUCAUUUGCACUAACUGUGAGCAAAACAGAAGAACGAAACUACGCUGAGGCAUGUGCUGAUUAUUUUCUCAAUGUCACCAAAGAAUGGAAAAUUGAGGAAAAGCUAACCACACUUGGCACUGACAGUGCGCGUAACAUGGUCGCUGCUGCGAGACUGCUUCCAUUUGAACACCUGCCCUGCACGGCCCACAUUUUGCAACGAACUGUCACGGUUUCCAUUCACGGCAGUGGAUUCGAAAGUGUUCUAGCCAAAUGCCACAAGAUUGUCGGGCACUUUAAGCAUAGUCCAUCAAAUUCUCAGGAGUUAAAGGAACAGCAAGUUGCAUGUGAACAGAAGCAAGAAUCACUAAUUCAGGAUGUUACAACAAGAUGGAAUUCGACCCUAGAAAUGGUCAAGAGAAUCCAGCAAAACAAAUCUCCAAUGACCACUACCCUGACUCAGCAAAAGAGCAGUGUUGCCAUGUUGACUGCACAGGAGCUUACCAAACUGCAAAAACUGGAGGAACUGCUUGAACCUUGCAAAUAUGUAACUGAACUGCUAGGUGGAGAGCAGUAUGUUUCCUGUUCAGUGGUGCUGCCAGCCUUGUGCCACUUGUUCAAAAUUAUGGAGUCCACAGAAGAUGAUCCAGUCUACGUAGUUAAAUUCAAAAAUGAUUUUACCACAGACCUAGCUAAAAGGAAGGACAGCACAAACCUCACAUGGCUGAAGUUUGCUACUGCUUUUGACCCAAGGUUUAAAGACCUGAAGUGUCUUCCCAAAGAUGAAAGGAAUGAGGUGUGGACUUCAGUAAGCAACCAGGUAAUGGCAACAAGUCCUGGAAAACAACAGUCUAACGAGACAGCAGAGCAACAGUCACCAAAGAAGAGAAGGAUGUCUGUCUUGCUGGUUACUUCUGAUUCAGAGACAGAUGAAGACGAAGAGUCCAUAGAACAAUGUCUGAACCGCUACAAAGCAGAGCCCAAAAUGGACAUGGAGGGGUGUCCACUACAGUGGUGGGCAAAGAGAGAAGCAACACAUGCCAGGCUGGCACCCAUUGCAUGCAAGUAUUUGUCAACCCUUGCAACCACAGUGCCUUGUGAGAGGUUGUUCUCGCUCUCAGGUCACAUCGUUCAAAAGAAAAGAGCUACAUUGUCCCCUGAUAAUGUCAACAGACUGGUCUGUCUCAGCAACUGGCUGAAUGUGAAGGAGGACUAA